CAGAAGGCGAGUGUAAAGCGUCGAUAGUGUCCAGCUCGUGUAGCAGCCUGUAGAAUCGCGUGGCGGACCUGUAGCAAGGUGAGCGUGGAGAAUUCUCCGGCUGGCCGGAGAGGAGGAAUGAAAGGCAAGCGAGGCAACAACGCCAGCACCGGCAAGGAGGAGGUAGAUCCCGCUCACCGGUGCACUUCACCUCCGGCCUCGGCACGGAUCGCGAGCGAACCGACCAACGACGAACCAGUGAACCGAGUGAACCGAUCCUCGCUUGCCAUCCCGUUCGUGUUAUUAUCCCCUGCGUGUACGGUGCUCCACGACUUGUUCCUCUGUUCUUAACUCGCGCGGAAGAUCGACUCAUCGCCGAUCGCGAGUUCGUUCGCGCCUCGUUUCGGACAGUGUGCGCGUUUCCACCGAGUGACAAGGUUCUCCGUGAGUGCGCGGUUGGUGCUUCGACGGCGUUUCCGUGGGACCGUGAAGAAUGCGGUAGGAUGCGUAUCCAGGAUAGAUGCUUCCUGCGCGCGGUCGCAGGACUCUGCCUGCUAGGCGGGGUCAUCGCGUUGUCGUCAGCCGUCGACGUCGAGACACCUGUACAAACAACCACGGGUACGGUCAUCGAAGAAAUACCGGGUGUCGAACCGCUUCGCGGUGACGCGAGAAGUGAAUCGAUCGAUCGCAAGUCGGAGUACCCGAGCAAAGAGCAGGAUUUUAAAACCACGAUUGAGCCGAAGAAGAAACCGAUUGACUUCAAGAUCAAGACUGAGCAAAAGUAUCAGAAGAUCUUCAAGGACGAUGACUCGAAACGUAGCGAAAGUAACGAAGCCGUGGUCGUCACGACGACUCCGAUGUCGUCAACGAAAUUGGUCGAAGAUACAACCACGAGACAGAUGGAAACCGUGGGGGUCACGAUCCCCCUUCUGUUUCACGGCGAACCUAUCGUAACUGCGAUGAACGUCUCCAUACCGAUCGAAUCGUCGACGAGCAGUGACAUCUCGUCGACGUCAGAGAGCAGCACCGACAGUGUUCACGCGACGGAAGAGACAACAGCGUUCAGGGGUAGGGCACUGAAUAUUUCGGCGCCAGAACCGACCAAUUCUUUGCACUCGAACAUCACUGACUUGAGCGAUGUCAGCAUGGACGACGAUGACAAAGAAGUCGAAGGCGGUGAAUACGUAGCAUCACACAACGAAACUGCUAUAAACAUCUCUUCGACCUUGCUGCCAACGGUGAAUGUGUGCGUGGAAGAAAACCGAACGUACACCGUGGGAGAAAGAAUCAUAAGGGGUUGCGAGGAAAAGUGCAUAUGCGGUGAGAGUGGCAUAGCCAUAGACUGCAAGCCACUUUGUUCUUCGCCGUAUGUCCGAGCCAAUCGAGGAGUCGAGGAUCCGUUGUGUCAAGAGAAACUCGUCAACGAAGAACCGUGCUGUGCCAUUUUGGUCUGUGCUGCUGAUUCAGCACCUGAACCGGAAGAGACUUGUAUCUUUGGAAACAAGACGAUAAUGAGAGGCCAACGAGUAGAGGAUGGCUGUACCAGGAUCUGUAUUUGUGAGGCUGGUGGCAAUUUAAGGUGUCAACAGAGGUGUCCGCCGAACGACACAAUCUCGGUAACGAAUCAACAUGAUCGUUGCGUCGUUCUUACCGACCCAAGAGAUUCGUGUUGCACUAUCACCCUCUGCGACGUUACCUUGGGCGAUCACGAGAUCAAACCGGAAACCUCGAGCGACUUGGCUGUAAAUCUUACGGACGUAAAGGUACUGAACUCAACGGCGAUCAAGCUGAAGCUAUCGGCUAAAAAUCCGCAAGAUGUGACUGUGGAGAUAUCUGACAACAAUCAUGUGUGGAGGCAACAGAAGCCUGACAAAGAGGGUAUCAUAUCGAAUUUGGACCCCGCACACUCGUACUAUGUGCGAGUAACAGACGGAACUCGAACGGGUCCGGCGCUACAGGUCUUUCUCCCCGCGGAAGUGAUCAAGACAAAUAUCUCGGACAAGAUGGCGGACAAAGGUUCCUGUAGUCACAUGGGAAAAACAUACAAAGUAGGAGCAGAAUGGUAUGACGAGUGUAUUUCAUUUUGCACUUGCAUCGAAGGUGGUAAAACAGAGUGCCUCACGAUUGAAUGCCCAACCGAUUUUGGACUUGACGUACUGGAUCCUCACUGCUUAGACUGGGAAACCGUGCCACCGAAUUUCAUCCCGAAACCUCCUCGCUGUUGCCCUCAGGAAGUGCGCUGCAGAAAUAAUGGCUCGUGCAAUUACGAGGGCAACACGUACGACAACUGGAGUGAGCUGCCGGCGAACGUAACCGGAUGCGAGAAGCGAUGUUACUGCGAGAUGGGAAACGUGUCCUGUCAGGCAGCCUGUCCACUGGUCCCGGCUCUACCACCUGCAACCUUACCUUGCCCGCCUUAUCAGGCCGCGUUAAUGCAUCUACCCGGUGACGAAUGUUGCUUGAAGUGGAGCUGUAAUCAUGUCCAACCGUCCAACCAGUCGCCAGGAACGAACGCGACGCCCGCGUUUCCCGGCCCCUUAGCCACAGACGCGUUCAAUCAGCAAUCGAUUGACGGUAACAAAAGACCGAAUAACAAGUCGGAUUCGGCCGGGUCCAGCCAGCAACCGGAUCCUGGAACUUCCUACUUGCGGGAAGAUUCGAAAGACGUUCACGCGCACACUGACAUCACCACUCAUGGACUCUUUCAUUACCCCAUGGAUCCUGGACACCCGACGAUACCGUACAACGGACCGUACAGUCCUGACUAUAAGCCCACGCAUCCUACAAUAGAGAACGUGUUCCAUUUAACCCCUCACACCGAGAAACCUCCAACGCCUGGCGAACGCCUGAAAGAAAAGACCAUCAAAUCCAAGUCAGAUGCUAAGAAACCAGUCGAGCCUAUCGUGAAACCGCACAAAGACGACUACUUUCCUGGCCCGUUGGCCCCGGACAAGUUCUUGGACAAAAGCAACUCGAUGGCCACGAACGCGAACAUGAACAUGAACGUGAAUGGGAAUGAGAAUCAUCAGUUUAUACCUGGCCCCGUGAAUCCCAACAAGUUACCACCGGUGCAAAAAGUUGGCCAUGUGACGGAUCAGCCGCAGUUUGUUCCAUUGAACCCUCAACAGGAGAUGGUCGGGCCAGGAUUCGCGAUCACGGCUACAAACAACGGCCAGAGUGUUACGAAAGACGGCUUUCAUCCGCAACUAGAUAAUUCUGCGGCGGCUGGUCCACCUUAUAUAGGCUCGAUACUCAACGGUCCGGACAACGUCGACCCAAACGUGAUCGUGCCCGUGAAUCCGAAAAAGAAAGGAUCCCCUAGCGAUGCAUUCGAUGCUGAGAAGGGUAAAACACCUACAGGAUUGGCUGGCCGCCCGAAACAGGGCCAACGAAAUCCGGAACAAGAGAUCCUUCCGGAAGAGCUCUAUCAUCUGAUCAACCUGCAACAUCCAGGACUGGUUCAGCUAGAACACACUCCACCUGAAGGACACUCCGGCUUGUACGACAUUCACCAACAGAUAUCGGGUCAGAAGCACACGCCGAACAAUCAGAUACAGCCUGGGUACUUUGCCACAGCCGCCGGGCCAAAGAAACCCACGAAGCCGCAUAUUUACACGCAGAAGAAUGAAAACGGUCAGACGACCUAUCAUAUACACACGCCCGAUAUACCGAAUUCGCCCCAGCAGAUCGAGGAACUGUUAGCUCAUAUCGGUCAACACGAUCCCAAUCCUGGACCGUUCCAACAUUAUCCCGGACAGCCAGCCAUACCUCAUAACGGGGCAAGUGGCCCGACUGCCACUCUGCCGCUUCACAUUGACGCUCACAUACCGCAUUCAGGACUCACGCACUUGAAUCAUCCGUUCGCAGCACAAACGCCCAACCAGUCAGGCAUGGAGCACAACGUGCCGACGAGUUUGCCGUUACCUGGUGCCAUUCCUGGAUUCCCUGUUGCUUCCUCCUCGGACGAGGUCAUCGUGCAUGUCCUCGAGGCCCUCGACGAGAACACCGUUCGCCUCGUUUUCACGGUGCCGCAAGUUCUAGUUGGGCUUCAUGGACGCGUCGAGCUGCGAUACACCAACGAUAAAACGAAUUUCGACAUAUCUACUUGGAAAUCGCAAGUAUUUGCUCCGCCGAGCGACCUGAUCGCGACUCCACAGCUUGAGUUCGAGCUGGGCGAUUUGAAACCCUCGACUGAGUACAAGGUGAAGAUCACGGUAAAGCUGAAAGACCUCACCAACAGUCCCACCAGUAAGAUCUACAGUGUGAGGACGCUGGAAAAACGAGCUGAAACGACUACCUUGCCGCCUCAAAUACCGAUCGACGCUGAGCUUCAUGUCACAGAGACAAAUUCUACCUGGAUCAAUGUAAUCUGGAGGAAAUUCACAGAAUAUGAGUUACAGUUUAUCGAUGGAGUUCUGCUGAGAUACAAGGAGCACGAUGGCAAGGUUUACACCGGCUCACCGUUGAUCCACAGGGCGGUGAGGAAUUACAUAAUCGAAAAUCUUCGACCAGCGACUACCUACGAAAUUGGCAUCUUUUUCGUUCCAUUUCCGGGACAGUUGACGGAGUUAGUCAGCGAAAAAACAAUCCGUGUGACUACCUUGAUGGAACCAGAUCCUUACUCGUUUGACGUAAAAGUGGAGAUCAAGACGAUCAAAUCGACAGACGUAGAAGUAACUUGGACUGGAGUACCGUAUCCUGAAGACAAGUACGUGAAUAUUUAUAGAGCAAUUUACCAAAGCGACAGUGGUAAAGAGGAUACGAGUACGUUUAAGAUCGCCAAGAGAGACUCUCAUCCGAAGACUAUAAUCAGCGAUCUUAAACCAGGCACUAGGUAUCGUUUGUGGCUCGAAAUUUAUCUGACCAAUGGAAGAAUAAAAAAAAGUAAUGUGCAAGAUUUCGUUACCAAACCUGGUGUUCUUUUACCAGCAACGGUAUCGCAGCAAGCAGGAAAACUCGCAUCACUACCCCUUCACGAAGGUGAUUAUUAUGGACCUUUAGUCGUGGUAGCCAUCGUUGCCUCUCUCGCUAUUCUAUCAACGCUAAUCCUCUUGAUGAUGCUCAUGAGAAGACGAACUAGCAGUAAGGCUGACAUAUCUUCCCGUAAAAGCACGUCGGCGUACGACAAUCCUUCCUACAAGACCUGUGAAGACGCCGUUACAAUAUCGAAUGGUAGAAACAAAAACACAGACCACGAAAUGGCCACCAUCAACAGCAACGUCAAAGAGACCGCCUAAGAUUUUAUAAUUUAUUAUAUUCUAUUUAUUUAUACGGUCCCUACAUCGCUAUCAAAAGUAUUCCAUGUUCAAAGAGAAUGAUCGACAUACUGAAACUUAUAGCACAAAGAACGAAUAUCGCGAAGUACCCAUACGAUGAUUUAAAAUACUAUGUGUGUGUGUACAUGUAUGUAUAUACAUAUUUUAAUAU